AUGGCAGAAUCAAAUGAGGGAAGUCCACCAAGGAAGAAUCAGCAGAAAUUGUUUAACCGUGUAGAUUCCCUUCACUUGGAGGCUGGAAAAGUCUCCGGCCAGCCGAUCAAAAGCAACCAAAAGCAGCAAGGGAGUUGGGGAACGACAUUGAGCUUAGCAUUCCAAUGCAUUGGAGUUGUGUAUGGAGACGUCGGGACUUCUCCACUGUAUACAUAUUCCACUGUGUUCGCAAACGGCAUCGGUGACCCAAAUGACUUAAUUGGGGUAUUGUCACUCAUCAUCUACACCCUCACACUUGUAACCUUGAUCAAAUAUUGUUUCAUUGUCUUAUGGGCCAACGACAAUGGUGAUGGGGGAACGUUCGCAAUUUAUUCUAAGAUAUGCCGUCAUGUUAAGGUGAGCUUAAUUCCAAAUUAUCAGAAAGAGGAUGCAACGCUCUCCAACUACAGCGUAGAAGUCCCUUCCACGAAUGUGAAGAGAGCUCAGAAGGUAAAAGAGACGAUGGAGAACAGUCCAGCAAUUCGUGUCAUGCUCUUCAUGUGUGCUAUUGUUGGUACUUCCAUGGUGAUGGGAGAUGGGGUUCUCACUCCAGCAAUUUCAGUGCUUUCUGCAGUGGGAGGAAUCACAGUAGCAGUGCCAACACUUAGUCCAGGUGCCAUCGUUGGAAUUUCCAUAGUGAUCUUGAUCCUUCUCUUUGUAUUUCAACGAUACGGAACCGACAAAGUUGGUUUCGCAUUUGCCCCUCUCAUCAGCCUAUGGUUUCUAUUCAUUGCUGGCAUCGGUCUCUACAACUUGAUCAAGUAUGAUAUUACUGUUUUACGUGCUUUCAAUCCAGCGUACAUCAUUGAUUAUUUCAAAAGAAAUGGCACCAAUGGAUAUAUGUCUCUUGGAGGGGUUGUUUUGUGCAUCACAGGAACGGAAGCAAUGUUUGCUGACUUGGGUCACUUCAAUAUUCCAGCCAUUCAAAUUAGUUUCGGCGGAUUUGUGUAUCCUGCAUUAAUAUUGGCUUACAGUGGGCAAGCUGCAUACCUAACCAAAUACCCAAACACAGUCCAAACUAGUUUCUAUUCCAGUAUCCCUGGUCCAUUAUACUGGCCACAAUUUGUUAUAGCUAUUAUCGCGGCUGCUAUUGCAAGCCAAGCUAUGAUAUCUGGAUCAUUCUCAAUCGUAGCUCAAUCCCAAGCUCUUGGAUGCUUCCCAAAGGUUAAGAUCAUUCACACUUCAAAGAAGUAUGAAGGCCAGGUUUACAUCCCUGAAGUUAACUAUGCACUCAUGCUCGGCACUGUCAUUAUCACAGCUGUCUUCCAGAAUACAAUAGCCAUCAGUUUUGCAUAUGGUAUUUGUGUGGUUACUGUCAUGGUAAUCACUACUACUUUGGUUAGCCUCAUAAUGCUUGUCAUUUGGAAGAUAUCCAUUCUGUGGAUCAGCCUCUUCUUCGUGAUUUUCGCUUCAAUAGAGUUAAUAUAUCUAUCCGCAACAAUAACUAAGUUUGUACAAGGCGGAUGGCUUCCACUCGCGUUUGCUGCAGUUCUUGUUUCCAUUAUGUGGGUAUGGCAUUAUGUUUACAAAGAGAAAUACAUGUUCGAGCUCGAAAACAAGGUCUCCAAUGAUUUUAUAAGAGAAGUAGUGAUGAACCCAAAUAUAAACAGGGUGCCCGGAAUCGGACUUCUAUAUUCUGAGCUUGUUCAAGGCAUCCCACCCAUAUUUCCUCACUUCAUUUCAAACAUACCAUCCAUCCAUUCAGUUCUAGUGUUUGUCUCUAUAAAGCAAAUCCCAAUCCCUACAGUGGAUAUGGAGGAGCGUUUUCUAUUCCGUCAGGUUGAACCACGAGAGUCCCGGAUGUUCCGUUGUGUUGUUCGGUAUGGCUAUAAAGAUGCCUUCAAUCAACCAGAGGAGUUUGAACAACAGCUUGUCCAACGCUUGAAAGAAUUCGUUCGUCAUGAAAACUACAUGCACAAUGAGGAAUUAAUAGAACAGAACAUCCUACCAUUCAAACAUCAUCAUACUCAAUCAACCAACUCUUCUGGCCGAAUUGUCAGUACCCGAUUGGUCAGCGGACAAAUCGUUGAAGCCGAAGAAGGUGAGACACAAUUCAUUGAUGAAGCAAUGAAGAAUGGGGUUGUGUAUCUCUUGGGCGAACCAGAAGUGAGGGCAAAGCCGAAUUCCUCUUUCUUCAAAAAGAUCAUUGUCAAUUACAUCUAUAGCUUCUUGAAGAAAAACUUUAGGCAAGGACAGGACAUGAUGUCCAUUCCACGGACAAGGGUUCUCAAGGUCGGAAUGAUAUAUGAGAUUUGAGA